CUAGUCUGGAAAAGUUGAAAUGUCCGAAAGAAUGGUCGGAACACCAAGCUGCCGUAUUAAGCGAAGGGUCAGGGGAGUUCUUCAUCAGAGAUCCAAAUCACGACGAAGAGAUAACAUGCUCUCGUAACGUUUCCGACGUGGGAAGAGGUGGAGCAGACAAAGGAACGUUCGGAGGACCUGCUGGAGCGGUGGAAAGAGGGUCCGACUGUACUAGCAUACCACUAAGUAACGGCGACAUGGGGUGCGUGCCGCGGGACAUGUAAGACGGCCUCUAACCGGCAAAUGCAGCAAGCUGCCCUCGUGGCUGACAGGCAGCGACUUCAAUAUCUCCUUGAGGCCGCCCAAGAAUUGAAGCUAUACACCCCUCGAACCAGCAGACACAUCGACCUGCAUCGACGGCGUGGACCCCGACAGACGUCAUGCACAACACCAUACUUCUCGCCCUCUGGGCAGGUGUGUCGUUUGUUCUCUACAAGAUCGUUGUAUACUUCCUCACAGAGCGCCACCAUCGCAAUGCAGCUAAGAGACUAGGCUGCGAGCCCGCAUAUCAAUUCAGGCUCUUCGAUAUUCAGGGUAUUCGAAAUGUGUUAAGAAUCAUUGCGGCGGAUAAGAAAUCGCGAGUCCCUGAACACGUGAAAGAACGUGUUGACAAUGCUUGUGCCGACGAAGGAAAGAACAUUACAACCUUCGGGCAGAAGAUUUUGGGCACAAGAACUGCCUUCACAGUCGACCCAAUGAACAUUCAGGCCGUCCUUGCCACACAAUUCAAGGACUUCGGACUAGGUGAGACAAGGAACGAAAGCUUCGCUCCUCUGCUUGGAAAAGGCAUUUUCUCUACAGACGGCGCAGAAUGGCAACAUGCGCGAAACCUGCUGCGACCUCAGUUUGCUCGUGAGCAAGUCAGCGACCUUGACCUCGAGGAAGAGCACGUCAAGAACCUCAUGCGCGUUCUACCUAUCAACAAAGAUGGCUGGACAGAUGUCAUAGAUAUUCAGCCGCUCUUCUUCAGGUUGACGAUUGAUUCUGCCACCGAAUUUCUCUUUGGUGAGAGCGUAGACUCGCAACUUGCAAACCUGUCGGACUACACUUCAAGCCGUCCGCCCAUGCCUGUCAACGAGAAGGACUUCGCAAUUUCAUUUGACCAGUCUCAGGCCGCAGUCGCUAUGGCUGCUCGCAUGGGUGAAUUAUGGUGGCUGGCUUUUGAUAAGAACUUCAGACGACAUCGCGACAUCUGCUGGCAGUUCAUCGACCACUACGUACAGAAAGCUCUUGCCAAGGAGAAGAUAUCUGAGAAGGAAACGUCCAAUGGAAAGCAGAAGUACGUGUUUCUCGACGCACUUGCAGAAUCGACACAAGACCCCAUCGAGCUUCGAUCACACAUGAUCUCCAUCCUGCUCGCUGGUCGCGACACAACAGCCUCGCUUCUUUCGUUUGUCUACACGCUUUUAAUAAAGCACCCAGAAGUCUAUCGGAAGCUCCGUGCCAUCGUGCUGGAGAAUUUCGGCACCUACAACAACCCCCGCAACAUCACUUUUGCAAGCCUGAAGUCCUGCAACUAUCUUCAGUGGGUCUUGAACGAGACACUUCGUCUCCACCCAGUUGUUCCUCUCGAUGGACGUUGUGCUUUAAAGGACACUACAAUUCCCAGGGGUGGCGGGCCGAACGGUGACAAGCCUGUGUACGUACGAAAGGGUACACGGGUUGAAUACUGCGUGUAUGUGGUGCAACGUCGCAAGGACCUCUGGGGUCAAGAUGCCGAUGAGUUCCGUCCCGAUCGCUGGGAUGGAAGGAAGUCCGGAUGGGAGUAUCUGCCAUUCAAUGGCGGACCGAGGAUCUGUAUUGGACAGCAGUUCGCACUGACGGAAGCCGGUUAUGUGCUCGUAAGGCUUGCUCAGCGAUUUGAGGAAGUUGUUGGUGUUAGUAAUAGCUGGGAGAGCGUGGAGAAUGGUGGCCAAGGCUACUUCAGGACUAAACUCAGCUUGACCGGGUGUCCAGCGGACGGUGUGAAGGUCAGGAUGAAGGGUGCAAGAGUUUGAAGAACCUGAUAUCGCAUACGGGAUCUUCAUCGACCGCAUUUGCCUGCCGCAACCCUACUUUCCUUUAGCUAGUCCACCUUUCUAGCCGAAAACUGCCUCUUACUAAGAAGGAUUGGUCAUCCCUCGAUGUUAGAAAAUAUUACAUCUGCAUCAGUCUAGCAAAAUUGGAUGUGGAAGGCUGUAUGAACGCCUAGUUGUUAUCACCGUAGGUUGAUAUGCAAUAGGAGAAGGCAUUGUAUUGAGACUGGAUAUAUUAAGGGCUCCUGGAACACUUUACAAGGUCCACACAAAGAAGAAAGAGCUUGGGAUGACACUCUGCAAGGUUUAUAUGGCUCAAGCUCAAGCCCCACGUGCACAGUCAGUAGUAAAUGGUAAGUAGUCAGGACUAACUGCUCCAAUAAUGUCCUCUAAGUACCCAAUC